GUCAGAAAGCUCGCGACGUUGUCAUGGUGAAAGUCGAGCGUCGCGUUCUCGUCAGAUCCUAAAACGCGGUUUGUUAUGGUUUUAAAGCGCUGCUUGCUCGGCUUUAACCGAGUCGGUGCUUUCUGAUAGCACUUUAGGUGAUGUUUACUAAUUAAUCAAUAUGUGGAGUCGCGGAGGACCACGGAGUUCAGCUUUGGACAGAGCUAAAGCUCAGCUCUCUGGACAGAGGAUCUUAAACACUGCGGUUGUAAAGGACAAAAGAGAUGAGAAAAACUUUGUGCAACCGUCCAGACAGACCCAAUUCCAAGACCUCAGCGAUGCAUCCUCACCAUCCCAGACUGAAAACCAGGACCCUGCGAGGAGUUUUCACUUGGGUGGUGGUAGUCGAUUUCUGAAGAAGACCUCUAAAGGCACCACAAUUGAGAGAACUUCUGCAGGAACGGACGAAUCUAAAACCAUACCUCAGCGUAGCUCACAAAGCGCCGCGUUAAGCAAACUAGCGCUCAUCGAGAACCGCAUCAGAAACCAGAAAAUCACAAGCAACCAUACAGAACCACAGGAAAUACGUUUGUCCGUCCAUUCCAGCAGCGAUCUGAGCAUGACGGGAAGUCGCUUUCUGAAGAAGAGCAUUGUUUCUGAACCUCAGGAGCUGAAGUUUCCUGAGACGACGCCUGGUCUGAAUGAACGUAGAGAAAGGAGAGUCAGUUUAGACAGCGACGAACAGGACAUGAGAAGACUUAUAGGAGACUCUUUCAGUUUAUCAGAGAGUUCCUUGCUAAAUGCAGCCAGGCAGAAGAGUCCUCAGGUAGCCAAAAAGGUAAACACGGGGAGCACUGGGAAAUCGACUGUACCUUCAGCAGCUCCUGAAAAGCAUCCAGUUAUCAGUCAUCAAAGUCUUUCCCCUUCCCCCAGAAGACCUGAAUCACGUAUGGUCCGCUUUACCGAACAUUCGCUGUCUUCUGAAACAGAUCACAGUGAGAUUCAUUCUUUGAAUGAUCUUUUUCCUGCUGCUCCAGCACAUGAUUCUGAAGACACUCUGAGCGAGAUGAGUGCAGCAUCUGAUGAUUUCAAACUGAACGUAAUGACACUUGAUGAUUUAGCACCUAUACCUUCUGAGGCAGCUGAAAUCUCACUUGAAAAGAAAGAAACGCAAGCCAGAAAAGAAGACCGAAUAAAGAAGUCUCCCGAGAUCUCAAAAGUCGCUUUACAACCCGCACCGGAGGAUGUCUACGAAAGCGAUUUUGAGAGUGAAAUCGCAUCAGAGAUUACGCACAGUGAGGUCUCAGAGCAUCUCUCGUAUGAAGAUAAAGACACCUCUUUGGUCAGCGAGGCACAGUACAGCUCUCACAAAUCACAGGAUGUUGAUCAUGAGGAGCAUUCUUUCUCACAAUCUUCUGUCUCGUCCAGUGGAAAUUCAGAUUCUUCUUCGAACUCUAGCUCAUCCAAUGCGACAGUGACACGUGGCCCCAGUCUUGAGCGCAAUGUGAAGGAGGCUGCGGUACAGACACAGGUGGAUGGAUUUGCGUACACAUGGUCUUCUGGAAUGGCUGCUGCUGGUCCUUCAAUAGGCAUGAAAUAUGUGGACCCGACUCCAAUAGCCAGUCACACAGUCAGCGCUGAAGCCAUAGAGACUUUAACAUCAUAUAGUCCUGCCAUUUUUGCGCUCAAUGACAUGUUGAGGCAACAGCUGGGCCUCACGAGAGCGUUCAUUGAAUCCACAAGACAUCACUACACAUCAGUGCUCGAGUCGCUGGGGCCUGCAGACUACAAAUACACCACACUGCAAGACACUAAAGAGUUCAUCCGAGCUCACAGGCCACCCAGAAUAAGUAUCGAAGAUGCUCUAGAGGAAGUUCAACAGGAAAUGAAGGACAGCCAUUACAUUUAAAUAAUCAUGUUCAACAUUUUGGAUGCAUCAUCCACAGAUAACAAAAAAGCCAUUUUGUUUACAAAGGGGUCAUGAAAUACCUUUUUACAUUUUGUACUGUACUCUGAAGACCACUUAUUAUGUUAUCAAGAUGUUUUUGCAUCACAAAAGCAUCAUGAUUGAGAAAUAAUUGACUAUUUUCUGUCCCACUGAAAGUGAAAGUCAUGACGUGGCCAAGUAUGGUGACCCAUACUCAGAAUUUGUGCUCUGCAUUAAACCCAUCCAAGUGAGCGCACAUACAGUAAUGAACACACACCCCAGAGCAGUGCGCAACUGUGGCGCCCGGGGAGCAGUUACUGGAGGAUCAGUGCCUUACUAAAGGGAUUCACCUCAGCCAUGGUAUUGAGGGUGGUGAGAGCAAUGGUUAUUCACUCCCAACACCUACAAUCCCUGUAAGGUCCCGUGACUCAAAGCUGUGACCUUUCUAUCGCAAGUCAAUUCAAUUCAGCUUUAUUUGUAUAGCGCUUUUACAAUGUAGAUUGUGUCAAAGCAGCUUCACAUAAAUGGUCAUAGUAACUGGAUCAGGGUA